AAAUCUACACGAGUACAUGUACCAAAGUUUAGUUCUAUCAGGUAUGAGAGGGAUAAUACGAAGAACUUGAUUUAAUAAAUUGUUUCUCAUAUUAAUACUGUUACGAGAAUGGCUUCUGAGAAGAAACGCGGGCCAGGAACUCUUGGAAAGUUAUACCUGGCCUUGUACAAUUUCGUGCAGUUUCUUGGGUGGAGCUACAUUCUUCUGUUAGUGAUCAGUUAUACCUUCAGGAACAAGUGUUACGCAGGAGUUUGGAACUUUGUUCGGAUCCCAGUCCAGAUAUUCCAAAGCCUUGCACUUUUAGAAGUAAUACACUGUUUAGUGGGAUUAGUUCCAACCUCAGCAUUUCUGACCUUUAUACAAAUUGGAUCCAGAUUAGUUGUAGUCUGGGGAAUUCUGGAAUCUGUUCCUGAACCAGAUGUAGUGAAAUGUGUUGGAGUCUCUAUGUUUGAAGUAACAACAGGUUUGUAUUCUAGGUAGUGAAAUGUGUUGGAGUAUUUUGUUUGAAGUAACAACAGGUUUGUAUUCUAGAUAGUGAAAUGUGUUGGAGUCUAUGUUUGAAGUAACAACAGGUU